AUCGAAUUCAAAAGCAGUAGUUCCAUUUCCGAAGAUGAAGUCCAAAUUCCAGAAGUUGAUUGGUAUUGAAUGCAACAAUUCAAAGAGGGUGAAGGAAGGAGAAGGUUCAUGAAAAUUUGGGAGUAGAGAAAUUCUCAAAUUCCCACCUUGUGUUGCGCGGUGGUGUGUGACUGUGUGUAAGAAGAGACUGUUAAAAGUCUGGCCUAAUUAUGUGGCUUCUCCACCGCUCCAUGCCUAGCGUGUCUUCCACUAAUUCCAUUUCAUGGACAACUACGAAAAAGGAUUUCCCAAUUUCCCCUUCCUUUUGGUCGGAAUUCUUAACAGAAGAAUUCCUCCUCUUCUUCCAUUUGAUAACUAGUAAUCCAUCUGGGCAAAAGCUUUUGUCUUCAUCUAUGCAUUUACUGAAUGCAGGUAUAAUCAAUCUCUAACCUCUCCGGGAAUUUGAACCCAAUGAUUCUUUUUUUGAUGCAUCUUCCUUCUUCAUUUGGAUUUUCUUCCCCCCCAAUCCACGUUUGUUGAUCUGAUGAUAGAUCGCUAGUGGGUUAUCGGUUUCGUUUUUUGUAUUCUUCGGGUUCCGGGAAAUACAAAACUUUUUCGCUCGUAUCUUGAUUUUCAUUAAUUCAAGAACAUCAACGGAGAGAUUGCAUUAUCUAACGUAUAAUUCUUCACUGCAUUUGAUGAACAUGUCCAAAAGCUCGAUAGGUUGAGUGCUGCAUUAUAUGAAUCAUCGUUGUGAUACUCUGAAUUGGGUCAUUCGAAAUUGACAUUGGACAGGUUUUUAGGCCUACAAUUUUAACAGUAAAUCGGGUUAUUAAUAGCCAGCUUCAAUUGGGACCCAAUGGGGAAGAACUUGCAGCAGGAAGAGUCGAUCAUGUCUCUGCAACAUGGUAAUCCAGGGUGCAUAAAGGGCAUUUUUCAUCAUCUUAACCACCGCAAGUGGUACAAUGUCAAAAAAAGAAUCCCAUAUAGAAGGCACAGUGGUGGAAAGCAUAGCACUGAUCCUGUUCAUAUCGUACCUACAACCGAUGUUGGUGAAGUACCAGAGAAAUGUGAUGCUACAACUCCUAAAUCUUCUUCUGCUCAUGGAAGAUCCACCGAAUCCAGUACAGGACAUCAUAAAAGCUCCAUGACAUCUCGAAUAAAAGCCAUGAUCACCGAAGAGGUCUGUAGGAGAAAAGGGCGUCAUCGUCGCAGUUCCUCUUACCCAACACGAAUGCCCACAGAUGAAGCGCCAUUAGUUCAUCGUGUGGAUAACCCUGAAUUAGAUCCUUAUGCGGAAACUGCAGUGAUAAGUAAUGAUUCAUUGGACCAGCAGGAUAAUGAUCUGCAUUCUUUAGUCUCCAGCUUACUGGAUCCUCUUCUCCCGACUAUCUGUGGUGAAUCGGGCAAAACUGGUGAGACUUGUCCUUUAUGUGCUUCCAUGCAUACUAAGAAUUACUUGAGGCAAAGCGAAUUGGGAGAGCAAUUAGUGAAGGAUCAUACUGUGCUACAGGAUGAGUUGGUUUAUGCGAUAGAGCCAAGUAAAGUUGCUUCCAUCCAAGAGUCCAGGCUUUUUUUUGAUGCACUGGAUUUGCUUAACAUCAGGAAGGAAUUGUUUUUAAAGGUUUUGCAGGAUCCAAAUUCUUCAUUGGCACAUCAUCUUCAUCAUAAUCAGAGGGCAACAGCUUCAAGAUUGGGAUUGUUAACAAAGUCUGUGUCAUUUCCUGCUCCUAUAUCAUCAGGAAAUAGAGCUCCUUUAUCAAACAAUCAUAAACCUCAUGUCUGCAUUCAGGACACAAAUGGCAGUGGAGUCACAUCUUCAGAAGCUGUACAGGGAAAGUUCAUGGUGGAAGCCAGUACUUCUGCUGAUUCACCAGAGCCAAAGGAGUUGAGGAAACCUCAUGUGAACAAACUCAUCAUGAAGCGGUUCAAAAAUCUUAGAGCAAAAAUAACACUUGCAAUUAAGGAAAGCAGAAAGGAGAGACAGAGAAUUGUAAUGGAUGGGGUAUUGGAUAAAAUACCUUACGGGUACCCAAAAACUGUCACUGAAGAGGGUGUUAUGCAGAAUGACUAUGUUGCACAGAAUUGGUGUAAAUAUAUUCCUGGUGACGGUUCUAAAAAUGAUCAAUUUUUUUCGGGCAAUAGUGGACGACAGGGUGUAAUGAGAAGAACAGCAUCUUUCAGCGAACCAUUAAGUAGAUACAAUCGAUUACUUGAAUUAUGUUCUAGGGCAGAAGUAAACAAUCACAAAGCCGAUGAAUCAAACCAGAAAACUGGUACUGGCAGUCCAAUAUCCAUGGCAAGAAUUCUUUCAUUGCCUGAUAUGAGGUCUUAUUCCUUUUCCCAUGUGGAGAGAUUGACAGCAACAAAUUCUUCGGAUAUGGCUUUGAGGCCUGAUCCAAGGGCAAUCUCGAGUGCAGAAAUUAGUAGUCUUGUAAAUAAGAAGAUUGCCGCUUUUGAAAAUAAAGUUCCCAUUGUUCCCUCUUUGGGAAAUGAUAGCGCCCAAGCCAUCAAUGGAAUCCCAGAGCCCUCCAAUGAAUCAGUGGUUUUAGAGAAGAGAAGGAGUAUAGAUGACCAGGAUAUAAGUAUUGAGCUCCUAAGUGAUAUUGCAGAUGACCCAAUAAUGGAGGUGGAUGCUACUGUACCAGAAGGUAUUUUUCUGAAUGAUUUACUAAUAAUUUACAUAAAUUGUAGAGACAUACAUUAUAUUCAUUAUAAGAGAGAAACUUACAUUUAUGAAGUCAUGUAGAUUCUUAUGAGUUAUGGCAAUACAAAAAUACUUGGAUGAUGGUACUGCAUUAAAAUGUGAACUUUUUCUUUGUGAUUUUAUUGGAGAUCAGAUUCAGAAUUAGCGCGAGAUGGGGAACCGCACGCAGAGGACCUGAUUCCUCAAGAAGAAGAGUUUUCUUUGUUAAAUCUGCAGAACGAAUUGCGUAUGGAUAUCUCCAGUUCACGCGAAACAGAUACUCCACAAAGACAAACCUACAUUAAUGAUCCCUUGUGCAUUCAGGUUGACAUGAAAAACAGAGCGGAUUUCAACUAUGUUAGAGAUGUGUUGGAGUUAUCCGGCUUAAUUGGAACCGAAUUCCUUGGCAAAUGGUACUCAGAAGACCAGCCAGUUGAUCCAAAGUUUUUCGAUGAAGUAGAAGGUUGUGUAUUAGCUCAACCUGGUUGUUCUGGAAAUGAAGAGGGCGGCAGCUGCAAUCACCUUCUCUUAUUUGAUUUAAUCAAUGAGGUUUUGUUAGAAAUUUAUGGCAAGACAUUUUCUUACUGGCCGAAGCUGUUAACUAGCUGUUCACAAAUUCAUCCAAUGCCGGUUGGUUAUCAUGUUUUGGAGGAUGUUUGGUCUACUAUCAAUUGGUACUUGCGACGGAGGCCUGAAAUUGAUCCAUCCCUUGAUGAUGCCGUGAACCAUGAUUUGUCGAAAAACGAUGGAUGGAUGAAUAUUCAGUUUGAAGCUGAAUGUGUAGGUAUUGAGCUGGAAGAUUUGAUCUUUGAUGAUCUUCUAGAAGAACUUGUUUUUCUGAUCUUUGAAUUCCUGUAGUAUACAAGGGCUACUUUGGUUCUGUAUACUGCGUAAAAACAUAGCUUAGCAACUUUGUGGAUUGGAUCUCCCUAUUCUUCCAGAGUAGAGAUAGUGGGAAGAUGAACUCGGCAUUAUGUUUUGGUUAGAUGUUAGGAUGUAAAAGAGGGAGUAUAGUUUCCAGGGUUGUUAAACGAUUUUGAUUGUUGAUAGUGUUAAUCUAUUUAUAUUGGCAGAAUAAUAAAAUGGAAGAACAUAUCACUUGGCUCUAGCUGGCACAAGUGUGGCGACGUGUGUAACGGUUGGUUCUUAAUUUCUUUUUCAUUUUUGCAUAUCUGAGACGUUAUUGUGUGCUUGGAAAGACGAA